GUUUCUUCAGUAUUCUUCGUUACGUAUUCCUCUUCUUCAGUAUUCUCCGUUAUACGUAUUCCUCUUCUUCAGUAUUCUCCGUUAUACGUAUUCCUCUUCUUUAGUAUUCUCCAAUACGUAUUCUUCUUCUUCAAUUCUCUCCAUUAUGUGUUACGUAUCUUCAGUUCCCUCUAUCACGUAUUCCUCUUCUUCAGUAUUCUCUAUUACUAUUCUCCGUUAUACAUAUUCCUCUUAUUCAGUAUUCUCCAUUACGUAUUCUAUUUUUUUAAUUCUGUCCACUACGUGUUACGUAUCUCCAGUUCUCUCUAUCACGUAUUCCUCUUCUUCAGUAUUCUCUAUUACGUAUUCCUCAUCUUCCGUUCUCUUCAUUACUUAUUCCUUUUCUUCAAUAUUCUCCUAAGGACGUAA